GCAUAUUUAAGCGUUAAAACUAAAACAAACUCUGUAACAAGAACACUUCCAUGCGACAAAUGACUCCAUCCUUGCAUCCCAUGAGUGCAACAAGAACACUUUCAUGCGAAAACAACAAACGAAUUCUCUUAACAUUAUUCAACAAUCUCCAAAAACCUUGGAACCCAAAUCCAAAAACCUUAAACUCAUCACAGCAUUCCCCUCUUCGUUUCCUCAAAAUCCUCGAAACUCAUAAUCGAUUCCUUCACUCACAACCCGAGUCAUCACCACCAGCUACAUUCAUCCAAAACCUUCUCAAAUUCCGCAGAGACAAACCCACUGAACAAAUCGAACGUGCUCUUAAUCUCACCGGAAUUCACCCCAAUGACAACCUUGUCCUUCAAGUCUUGCAACGACACCGUUCCAAUUGGAAACCAGCGUUCAUAUUCUUCAAUUGGGUCACCAAAUCAAACAGAUAUACACCCAGUUGCGAUGUGUACAAUGAGAUUAUCAACAUCCUUGGCAAAAUGCAGUGUUUCGAAGAGUUACACCAAGUGCUCGACGAAAUGUCACAAAGAAAAGAAUUCAUCAAUGAAGAAACUUUUUCCAUUUUAAUUCGUAGGUUUGUUGCUGCACAUAAAGUGGAGGAAGCAAUUAACAUGUUUCAUAGAAGGGAAGAGUUUGGAUUGAAGAACGAGCUUGAUUCGGAAGCUUUUCGUACGCUUUUGAUGUGGAUGUGCCGGUACAAGCAUGUUGAAGAAGCUGAAACUUUGUUUCAUAGGAAUUUGAAUAAGUUUCAGUUUUGUCAUGAUAUAAAGACUUGGAACGUGAUUCUCAAUGGUUGGUGUGUUUUAGGGAAUACGCAUGAAGCAAAGAGGUUGUGGAAAGACAUCAUAGCAUAUAAAUGUAAGCCUGAUAUUUUCACUUACGCAACUUUCAUCAAGGCAAUGACAAAGAAAGGGAAAUUGGGAACUUCUUUGAAGUUGUUCAAUGGAAUGUGGAAAGAUGAGAGUUGUAAACCUGAUGUUGUGAUAUGUAAUUGUGUAAUUGAUGCUCUUUGUUUCAAGAAGAGAAUUCCUGAGGCGUUGCAGGUUUUUCAUGACAUGAAGGAACGAGGUUGUUUACCGAAUGUAGCUACUUAUAAUUCUCUUAUUAAGCAUCUUUGUAAGAUAAGGCGAAUGGAUAAGGUUUAUGAAUUGGUAGAUGAUAUGGAGAGGAGGGGUGGAGAUUGUUUGCCUAAUGAUGUUACCUAUAGUUACUUGCUAAAUUCAUUGAAGGCACCGGAGGAAGUUCCUGGAGUUUUGGAGAGGAUGGAGCAAACUGGAUGUACAAUGAGUGAUGAUGUCUACAAUUUGGUCUUGAGAUUGUAUAUGAAAUGGGAUGAUCUUGAUGGAUUGAGAAAAACAUGGGAUGGAAUGGAGAGGAAUGGAUUGGGACCAGACCGACGAUCGUAUACUGUCAUGAUCCAUGGACACUAUGAAAAUGGGAGGACAAAGGAUGCUAUGCAUUAUUUUAGGGAAAUGACAUCGAAGGGGAUGGUGCCAGAACCGAGAACAGAGAAACUAGUGAUUUCGAUGAACGAUCAGUUGAAGGAGAGAACAGUAAAACAAGAAGGAAUUGAAGUAGAGACGUCUAAUGUUUAAUAUAUUGGAAUGUGUGUCCAAUUGAAAGAAUUGGACAAAAUUUAAUGCAUGUAUCUGUAGUUCAGAUUGGUAGCUAGAGUUUUGUUUAAUUGAACUACAUGUAGACGAUUUACAAUUCGCCGGGACUUGAAACAUGGGUAAAGCAUCAGAAUAGGAAAGAAUUGUAGCUUCCAAUAUAUAUAAACACAAUUUUGUUCUUAAUGUUUUUAUCUUCUUUGUGAAUGAGAGAUGAAAUAAAAAAAAAAGAAGCAAUGUGAGGAUAAACUCAGAAAGAGAGUCCUGGAUUAUAAAACUUAUAUUAAAAGAUGACAGUUAUGGUGGUAAAUGCGAGGCAAUGGGUAGACGGAAUGUGGGAGUGGAGGUUGAGGUGGAGAAGAUAGUUGUUCCUAUGGGAGCAAGAUUUAGUAAUCCAAUUUCGGGUGGAAUUGGAAGAUGUGGAUGAAGUCAAAACAAAAUAUUAUGGCAUAAAUGUAUUCCUUUGAAGGUUGUGCUUCUUGUCCGGCAAGUAAGACAAAAUCGCAUUCCUUCAAAAGUCAAUUUUUGCAUUUGUGGAAUUGUAGACAUUGAAGCCAAAAUCUGCAUUAGAGGGUGUAGAAUGGAAGAAACAACAAAUCACCUAUUUUUUAAAUAUCCAAUAUUCUAAAAAAAUUGGUUAGGGGUGAAGACGGUUUUGAUGAGAAAUCACACUUACUAAUGGGUUUGAUGCAGGGUGUGAGGGUUCCAGAGGAGAAACUGUGCAGUCAAUUUAAAAAAAGUAGAAAUGCAGGAGUUUUUCAGGAUAUGAACAUUUUGAUGUCAUCAAUGUUAGAGCGGAUAAAACUAUUGUCGUGGAGUUGGUUUUGAUCAAAAUCACCUGGUUACACAGUAGAAAAGUAACCUGUUAACAUGGUUGGGAUUUAGAUUGCUCUCUGUGAUUGGUUAUUAAAUCUACUGGAGUGUAUGGGAGUGAGAGGAGGUGCUUAUAGGGUCUGUACUAUUUUUUAUGUUUGCUGUGGAUGAAUUUCUGUAACAGGUUUUGAAGAUAUGCAGGAACUGGAGUCUGCAUUCUGUUCAGUAGAAUCUUAUGCUUUUCUGUUUCAAGGGUUCAUUUUGGCAUUUCAGCAGUGAUGCAUUGGCCGCUACUGGUGUUCACCUCAUCAUUGUUUUUCUUUUCUGUUUCUGGCCGAUGUGGUUUUAUGUUUGGCAAUCAAUUGGACUGCUGUUCUGGCGUGUGACUGUUCUGUGCAUACGGGGAGCGUUUCUUGUGGUCUCACUGUCACGGUCGAUCUCAAAAUCUAUGUCCUAAUGGCGUCGGCUAGAAGAGUGUCAUGUUUCUCAUUCUAUCCACUUUUCCAUCGCUCGAGAGUGACAUAGAGCGAGACCCUGUGAUGGUGGACCUUGUCGGCUUAGUGUUUUCAGUGCUUGUCUCAUUUGUGGUUUUGCAAUUAUGGAAAAGGGUGACGUGGCUUUAGUGUUUGCACUCAUCACAGGUGCAUGUAAUGAAGAGUGGAGUAAGGCAGUGGAUGGCAGCAUUCUGGAACUUUCAAACCAAAGAGAUGCAACAUGAUAAGUUUUACGUUACACUUCAAUAGAAUGAUUUCAGUAAGGUGCGGGAUAGAAUAGAUAAUCAAGGCUAUUGCCCCUUCUUUCAACUCCAGUAGCUGACUGACGGCGCCUGUGCUAUUGGCCUGUUAAGAAAAAAGAACCUCUUUUCUUUGGCUUUGCCUCUUGUCGAGGCUCUUUCUUCUUUCUGUGAGUUGAAUGGAACCUGAUUAUUUUCUCGGGCAGUGUCAGUGAUAUCCCCCAAAGCAAGGGUCCGAAGGAUAGAAAGUACUGCUUAUUCUAAUUCGUAUCUUAAGUCUUUCCAAGGCAAAGGAUGUAGGCUGAAUCAGUGGAUGUCAAAGUAAGGCAGCUCAUGGUAAUCCAUGUUUUUAUUCUUUAAAGCUGGAGGUUGAUACUCGUCGAUAUGCGUAUUAGGCGAAGCUGCCGCGUGCUUUGUGGAUGAAAACCGGUACUGCAUUGGGGCAUGCGUUCAAGAUGAAGAUUGCAGAUUUAUGCAGGCUUUUGUUCAAUGGCUCGUAGGACAACCAGAAGUGAGGGACGCCGAAGCAAGAGGACUGGAAACUUUUGAGUUCGCUACAACAAUUCGCUGCAAACCGUAUCCACACAGAGAUGGACCGUCUUCAAGUCAUUCAGAGCAUAGAUAGGAAGGAUAGAAAUGAAAUGAUAUUGAAUUUGAUUUUAUUUUGAGCAAUGUAAGAGUCCAUUAAAUUCGAGUCAAAACUGUAGAGACAAGCUAAUCGAGUAGUCCAUGAGAUGAGUUAGUUCAGGUAGCUCGUGUUAGUCUCAAAGUUUUUAUUAUUGUCCAUCUUGUAUUGCGAACAUUAUUUUGAAUGAAACGCAGUAAAUUUGUUUCUAUCAAAAAAGACUUCCAAACAUAGCCCUAGAGAAUUGGUAUUUGGAGUUGUAUUGAUUUUGUAUUUUUUUCAUGCUUAAUAGUGUUGGUGCAUUUCUUGUACAGACUUGAGCAACCAAACCCACUUUAGGCCCAAAGGAGUUUGGGCUAGCCUGCAACCACAUGAUGAUUCAUAAUGUAAUAGCCCAUUGAAUAACAUUGUUUUUCAGCUCCAUUACCUUAUGCUCCAUUUUGCUCCAUUACCUUCAUAGAUGUUUGCCAUGUGGCAAUGAAUGUUUUUAAUGGCCCGGAUUUACUCUAUGUUUUUUUUAUUUAGAAAAUACAAAACAUAGUAUAACCCUCAUUCUUCUUCUUCUUCUUCUUCUUCUUCUUGUGUGUCUCUCUCUAAUCUGCCAUCUUUUUGCCAUGAAAUUGAAAUCUCGCUGCUACGAAUUUCGUCGUUGAAUAAUAAAAAAGGGAGAGAAACAAGUUUCAAACACUCUCUUCUCUAACCGAAAUACUGAUACGCUAAUUCAUGCAAAAAAACUCCAAUCUUUGUCCUCUUUAAAGUUGUUGUUUCUGCAAAAAAAAAUAAAUCUCAUUCUUUACUCUUGAUUCUACAACCCAACAACAGAAUAUUCUGAUUGGUGCUUCUUUCUUCUAAUUCCCAGCAACAAUCCCUUUUAAGUUGCAAUCCAGUAUAUUAAAAAUCAAUUACAAUACCACCAACACACUCUUCGGUUUUUAAUAAAAAAAUAUUCAAUUUCAAUGACAAUCUCAAAUUUUGUUCGUCUCCCUCAAUAGUUUAACCAGACCUUCUUUGAUUUCAUUUAAUCGUAUAACUGAAAAGGGGAAAAAUAGCGGCGACACCGCGACAAUGAACGGCGAGGAAGCAGGAAAUCAAAAAAUGGACGGUGAUUAAGAGAGACAGCCACAACGGUGUUGUUGUUGUGUUUGUUGAAGCUUUGACGGAGAAGAGAGAAACGUUAUCGAUGGAGAAGAAGGAAAGAGUGUUGUUGUAGUUGUUGA